AUGCAGAACGCACUGGGAUGGGCGACGGAGAACGCAGAGCCCGGCAGGCGCGUCUGGUCGCGCCCCCUCGGGUUGACCGAGAGCGCUUUCUACUACGACCAUAUGUUGAAUGGCACCGCUACCACGUCCAUGAACGUCCAUCUGCGCACCACCGACCCGUCUUUGAGCAUGUUCUCACCAGAGAAUGUGCGCCGCGCAUGGAGCUCAGUUCGUCAACGAUUACCACUCCUCUGCACGCGUAUCGAGGAGCGCCGCAGUCCUUCUCCCAGUACCGAUCUCGAGGCGCAGGAACACACACCCCACUUCGUGCUGCAUGAAGCUGACAUCCAGGAGAAAGUAUGCGAAACAUUGUCCUUUGGAAGCGUAGGGGACCCAGAGGAAGUCGACGCGUUCAUACAGGCGAUCCAGGACGGCCCACGGUACAUAUCCAGAAAUGCCAUCUCGCGAAUGCACAUCUUGCACAGGGCCGAUUGUCCCGCGGGCACCGAAUUGCACGUGGUGUUCGUGUUGGCGCACUGCAUCACAGACAGCUUGGGCACUAGCACGGUUCUACGGUCGUUCUUUGACACGCUGGCGUCGAAAAGGGAGCACCCGUAUCUGCCUCUGGAGGCGAGGCUGGGCUUGUACAGACCGCUAGAGGAGAAGGUGUCGUACGGGGACCUGAGCAUGGCCCAACGGCGAUGGAGAAGAGCAAUCGGGUGGGCAAUCCAUUCUGUACGGAAGAGAAGCAUCAAGGGCGGCCAUACGCUCCCCUGGAAAUUAACAACCCGCUCCGCGUCAACGCCCGCCCGCUCGCGACUCCUCGUGCACACCUUCACGCGUGGGGAAUCCGACCGCAUCAUCGCGAGCUGCAGACGCGCACGCACGACACUCAACGCGGCAUAUUACGUUCUCGGCCAGGUCGCGCUUGCGCGGGUCCUCGCGCGGCGGUAUCUAGCAGGCGAAAUGUCCGCCGCCGAGUGGACGUACCGCACGCGGGAGCCCAUGUUCUUCUACGGCCCGCUGAACCUCCGGCCGUACCUCGAGCAGCCCGAGGGCGGGACGGGCAUGGGCGAUAUGGGCAUGCACAUCAGCUGGUACGAGUGGGUGCUCCCGCACAUGCCGCUGGGCCCGCUCGCGCGCGUGCGCAGUCCGGGGGAGUACACGGGUCCGUUGGCGGACGGUGCGCCUCCGUUCGAGGCGCUGAUGGGCCGGAAGCGGUUCUUUCAUCGCUGUGCGCUUCUUGGCGAUCAGGCGGACAAGAUGUUCAGGCAUCCCAGGUUCGUUGAUGUGGCGGUAGCCUCGCACGCGGGCAGAGCUGCAGCGUCGAAAAAGGCAGCGCUGGAGUGGCUGAAGGAGGGAGAGGGCAUACGCAAGGAUGCGGAGGAGGUAAGACCGGAGAGGCUCCGAGACGGUGAUCAUGUCUGUGCACAAAGCGGAUCAAGUCUGGGGGAUAUGGAUUUCCUCAUCCCGCGUAAAUAUCCUCUGCCUUCGACACAUCCUCUUUCACCUCUGUCUCCCAAUCCAAGUCCAAUUAGAGCUGGUUAUCCGCCUUCACUCGAACAAUUCGUUCCGGACCACGAAAAGCACCCGGCGCCUAACUUGUUCGUAGACUAUUGGCGAACUCACCUCCAUGCACGGCCCCUCUCGCUUUACUUCGGUGCGGCAACACUCCACCAAAGGCUGGAAUUCUUCGCAUUCAUUGACGAGAACGUUUUCGCGGAACAAGACGUAAAAGAGAUGGUGCGGGAGAUUAUAGCUGCGUCGGAAUGGUAUCUGGGGAGGGAUGAACGAAAGGUGGAUGCAAUGCCUCUGCAGAGCCGUUUGUAA